AUGAUCUGCCGACUCUGCCAACGGGCCCUGGCGCACACGAAGCCCUCGCCGUCCCACAUCCUCCGCGCCGCACCCUCGUUCCGCGUUCUCCCCACACUCUCCCAGUCGCAAGGCCUCCGCACCGCCCAAAGACAGCCCGCCCGCCUCGCGCCCCAAGCUCGUCACUACUCCCAAGCCAGCGCUGCCGCUGCCGCGCCGCCGGCGCUCGAGAAGCCCGACUAUCUCGACGAGGCCGAGGCCUGGAUCUGGGACACGCUCGUAGCCGAGUUUGCGCCCCUCGAGCUCAACGUUCGCGACGUCUCCGGCGGAUGCGGCUCCAUGUACUCAAUCGACAUCACGUCGGCGCACUUCCGCGGCGCCAACAUGCUCAAGCAGCAGCGGAUGGUGAACAAGGCGCUGGGCGACAAGGUGAAGCAGUGGCACGGCGUGAGCUGCGGACCAAGGCGCCGUAGGAACCUGAUGCUCGGAGACCGGCGGUGGAGAGGAACUGUACGAAAAGUGUAUACUGCGGGGUUGUCUUUGGCUGGGGAACCUGUACAACAGAACAUGGAAACGACGCUGCACUGCUGGACACAGCUCGGGGCCUGA